AUGUCCGGAAAGAGGUUUGAGCUCUUGGACGUACCCGAUCACUUUGAUAGAUGUCAGACUGAUAGAGAAAUAGACUGGAAUCUCUGUUUUCUGUGUCAAGGAGUCGAUCAAACUGCGCUCGUGUGUCCAGCGAAUGUUACUAGAGCUGAUGCUAGUCAAGGAUAUCUUGCUGUAAUAGAAAACCUUAGACGUUUUGAGGAGAUAGGACAGCUACCGUCAUCUCUGAAGCGAAGGUUCCAAAAUCCGAAUCUUUUAGAUAAUUUUGUUCAAUACCAAGCAAAGUUUCAUAAAAGUUGUAGAAAUCGUUACGACAAUUAUCAUUACAACAGGGUAUGUAGAAAAAGGCGCGUUGAUGAAAGCAGCCAGGAACAAAGUUCCACUGUGACUUUAAAAACUCGAUCUCAGUAUACUGCAGAUAAUUUUCAACCAACGUGCAUAUUAUGUGAUGAGCAUGAUUCCGACAAAAACUUGCACCAUGCGCGCACACUUGGCUUGGAUGAAAGAAUUCGCGAUGCAGCCAUUCUGUUAUCGGACGACAAGCUUCUUGCAAGACUCAGUGAAGGUGACUUGAUCGCAAUUGAGGCUCGUUACCACAAGAACUGUUUGACCAUUCUAGAAAAUAGAGUACGAGCCAUAAAAUCUUCUAAACCUGCAGCAGAUGUUGAGUACGAAAUUAUUUACGGAGUCGUUUUAGCGGAAAUAGUCUCCUACAUACAAGAAUGCUGCAGUGUUGAAGAAACAAUCCCAGUUUUCAAACUAAGUGCUUUGAAAACUCUUUUUUGCAAGCGCCUUGUCGAAUAUGGUGCAUCUGAAGAAUAUAAGAGCAAGAUUCACAGCACUUGCCUCAAGGAGAAAAUUAUUGAGCUACUUCCAGAACUGUGUGAGUAUAAGAAAGGAAGAGAAAUACUCUUGACUUUGAAGGAAGAGACGGGAUCAGCAAUUUUCGAUUCGUGCUCGUUUAGCGGAAAGGAUGAUGGUAGAUGCCUUGCAAGAGCAGCCAAAAUAAUUAGAAAACAAAUGUUUGCUGACGAUAAGGAAGAACCAAAACAUGAAGCAUCAGUUCCGGCCUCACUUUAUAGCUUAGUAAGAAUGAUCCUGGGUGUUUCGGUGAUUGGAGGGGAGCCUUGUGAAUUGAGCAACAGUAGAGCUGCGACAUCUAUCUCUCAGUCGAUUCGGUUUAAUACAAUCAGAAAAGAAAAGAAGCAUAAUGAAAUUGUUGAAAAAAUACGGCACAUGAAAGCUGACGAAACACCAUUUCCUCUCUAUAUUGGAUUGAUGAUACACAGCAAAACGCGAAAAAAGGGCUUGGUAGUAAACCUUGCAAAGCAUGGAAUAAGCAUACAAUCGCGUGCAAAAUUUCGAACUAGCGGUUACAAAACAGUUGUGUAA